GCAGCAUGCCGGCCUAAGGAGGGGGUCCUGUGGGGAAGGGGCAUCCCUGUGGGCCCGGUUCCCCCGCCUUCCUCCGCCCCUUUCCGGUAAAAGUCGGCGCCGAGGCUGGGCGGCGUGGGACAGGCCCGAGGGCCGGCGGGGGCACGGAGAGGGCCGAGAGGGGUUCCGCAGCUCCGGGAGGUGGGUGGAGCGUCCCGGCGCUGCGCGGUUCCGGGCUACGGCGAAAAUGUCAGGACUCUUACCGGGUUUUCCUUCUCAGUUAAAGGAUGAAAGGUAGUAAGGAGCCGUAUUGCGUGAAAUUCAUAAAGUCUUCUGGGAACUCAGAGUAUUUUAUAAAAGCUCUCGAGUCUAUAAAAGAAUUUCAGUCACAAGAACAUCUCCAGAUCCUUGAAGAAGAAGCUGCACUCAAUAUAAAAGAAAAUGAUAAAUCGCUUUACAUUUGUGAUCCUUUUAGAGGCACUGGUUUCAGUCAUCUCAAAAAGCUUGGUUGUAGAAUUGUUGGACCACAAGUAGUCCUGUAUUGUAUGCAGUCCCAGCAAUGUGUCCCGAGAGCUGAGUAUCCUGUGUACAAUAUGACCAUGGCCGAUGUUACGGUAUCCUGUACCAGCCUUGAAAAAGAUCUUAGGGAAGAAGUUCACAAAUAUGUGCAGAUGAUGGGUGGACGUGUGUGCAGAGACCUCAACAUGUCAGUAACUCAUCUUAUAGCUGGAGAAGUUGGCAGCAAGAAAUACUUAGUAGCUGCUUCUCUGAAAAAACCUGUUUUGCUUCCCUCUUGGAUUAAGGCACUGUGGGAUAAAUCUCAGCAAAGCAUAAUGAGAUACACUGAUGUUAAGAUGGAAGACUACGCUUGUCCUGUGUUCCUUGGCUGUACUAUUUGUGUAACUGGCUUAAGUAGUUCAGACAGGAAAGAAGUCCAGCGCCUUACUGCUGAACAUGGUGGGCAAUAUAUGGGACAGCUCAAGAUGAAUGAAUGUACUCACCUCAUAGUUAAAGAGCCAAAAGGUCAGAAGUAUGAAUGUGCCAAAAAAUGGAAUGUGCACUGUGUGUCUGUGCAGUGGUUUUCUGACAGCAUUGAGAAAGGCUUCUGUCAGGAUGAAUCAAUAUAUAAAAUAGAGGCUGGAUCAAAGCUGAGUAAUACACCCAGUACGUCAACACCUACGAAUCAUGCCAGCAAGCCCAACAAUCAUAUGCUCUCAGACGUCAGCCACAUUUCCAGUAUCAAUUUGAGUGGUGUUAAUGAAACAGCGUAUAGUUCUGCAAUGAGCAGCAGACUGGAUCCUCUUCCUGAUGAGCUGGAAAACUUGGAUAUAAGUUCUUUUCAAGCCCCUGAAGAUUUGUUAGAUGGAUGUCGAAUCUAUCUGUGUGGCUUCAGUGGCAGGAAGUUGGACAAGAUGAGGAGGCUUAUUAAUUGCGGUGGUGGUGUUCGAUUUAAUCAACUUAAUGAAGAUGUUACCCAUGUCAUUUUGGGGGAAAAUAAUGAUGAACUGAAACACUUUUUGGACAAGACAGCUCACAGGCCUCAUGUAGUGACAGCAAAAUGGUUGCUGGAGUCAUUCAGUAAAGGUUAUCUACAUCCAGUGGAGCAAUAUAUCCCUCUAAACUACCAGCUGUUAGAGAACUCAAUUUUGGAGCAGCCUGGAAUGAAGUCAUUUCUUCCCAAAAAUAAAAAUCUCUUGAAGAAAGAAGCUGUGAAUGUUAUAAAGCACCAGAAAGCUGCUGAAGAUGACUUCCUCUCUCAAUAUGUAAAUAGUGAUUCUACAUUAGAUGAAGUCGGAAAACUAACAUCCAGAACAUCCUUCAGUGAUGUUACUCACUUGACUGUUCAAGGAGAGAAUCAGUCUUUUGUCUGUAAUGGUUCUUUGGGAGAGUCUUCUACACUGGCUGCAGGAGGCUUAUUUGUCAGAAAGAGAUUUCUUCUUUUGGGUUUUGGUGAAGAGGACGAGUCCUGCAUUGCAGAUAUUAUAAAGGAGAAUGCUGGAAAAAUUCUGCCACUGCAAAGCAGAACGAUUGCAGACUAUGCUGUGGUACCUUUAUUGGGGUGCACGGUGAAGCCAACUGUUGGUGAUGUUGUCACAAAUACGUGGCUGAUAACAUGUGUGGAACAGCAGCUCCUUUUAGAUCCCCAGUCCAAUCCACUUUUCACGCCAGUCCCAGUAAUGGAAGGAGUUACCCCUCUGGAAGAUUGUGUUCUUUCUUUUAGCCAGUUCAUUGGUGCUGAGAGAGAUUCUCUGGUUUAUCUGGCAGGACUGCUAGGAGCCAGAGUCCAAGAAUUCUUUGUGCGGAAAGCCAAUGCAAAAAAGGGAAUGUUUGCCAGUACUCAUCUUGUGGUGAGAGAACCAAGUGGUUCAAAGUAUGAAGCUGCAAAGAAGUGGAAUUUGCCAGCCGUCACCGUAGCUUGGCUUUUGCAGUCUGCAAGGACAGGGAAGAGAGCAGAUGAAAGCAAGUUCUUGGUUGAAAAUGUAGAGGCUGAAGAUAAGGAGAGUUCCAUUACUCAGUUUAGCAAGACACCAGUGACUGUUAAAUCUCCUGAUUCAGAGCAACCUACUUAUCUCCUUGAAGCCGGGAAAAAAACAGCUGUGACCCCUCUUGAUAUCAACAGGUUUCAGAGUAAAGCUUUCCAAGCUGUAAUCUCUCAUCAUAUUGGGAAGACAACCCCUCUUGCACAAGGGGGACUGCCACAGAAAGAGCCAUCUUUACAUCUUGAUACACCAUCAAAAUUUCUUUCCAAAGACAAAUUAUUCAAGCCUUCUUUUGAUGUAAAGGAUGCUCUGGCAGCUUUGGAAACUCCAGGAAGUCCUGAUCAAAAAAACAGGAAGCUGAGCACACCUCUCUCUGAAGUCAUUGGCAGAAACUUGAAAUUGGCGCUGGCAAACAGCACAAGGCAUACAGCAGCUCUUACUGCCAGCCCACAGCUGACCACUGCACAGCCAGAAACGGAAGAAGAGCCCAAGCCUCUAGCUAAUGUUGUUAUUUAUGUCAGUAAAAAACUUAGUAAGAAGCAAAAUGAACUGAAUGGAAUAGCAGCUUCUCUUGGGGCAGACUACAGAUGGUGCUUUGAUGAAACGGUGACACACUUCAUCUACAAGGGAGGACAGAAUGACAACAACAAGGAGUACAAAUCCGUUAAAGAACGCGGUAUACAUAUUGUUUCAGAACACUGGCUUUUAGAGAGUGCCCAAGAAUAUAAACGGCUUCCUGAAUCUCUCUUUCCUCACACUUACAAUCCCAAAAUGAGCCUGGACAUCAGUGCAGUGCAAGAUGUCGGACUCUCCUCCUCCAGUAAACUUCUGUCAACUGGAAAACCAGCAAAGGAAGAUGAGAUUAUUCCAGUGGAUGAAGAUGAUGCUGAAGAUGAUAUAACUACUGACCAAAUAAAGGAAAUGGUUGCUACAGAGGAAGAACAGAUAGUAACAAGUGAAUCCAAAGGAGUUUUAACCCAAGCACUAGAAAUGAGGGAGAACUUCCAAAGACAGCUGCAGGAGAUCAUGUCUGCCACAUCACUAGUGAAGCCACAAGGACAACGAGGAUCCCUUUCAAGGAACAGUUUUGAUGGUUCUCCAGCCACUCCUGAUAGCACAUGGUCUGUGCGAAAUGGCCGCAGUAGGGUCUUGGAGGCUCUAAGGCAAUCCCGUCAGGCACUCACAGAUAUGAACACUGAGCCAUCACAGAGUGAGCAGAUCAUCUGGGAUGAUCCUACUGCAAGGGAGGAGAGAGCAAGACUUGUCAGCAACUUUCAGUGGCCCAAUAGUCCUUCCCAGUAUACUGAGCAAGGUCAGAGUAACACCAAUAAGAACAUUGAUGAGUCUGCCCUCAGAGAAUCUUUAGCUGAUGCAGAGAUUGCUCGUAAAGCUGUUCAUGAGGCUGGGGAUGGAGAUGUGAUUGAAGGUCUAAAAAAUCCUGUAUGCAGAGAACCUGAAACACCAAUUAAAGAUCACUUGAUCCCCACUCCACAGGCCCCCAGCAUUGCUUUUCCACUGGCUAACCCUCCUGUGGCACCACAGCCCAGAGAAAAGGCUGUUACAGAAGAUAAGACUGAUGAAGAACCAGAAAAACACCGUAAAUUUCAGCUGUCUUCUCUUAAUCCUCAAGAAAGAUUUGAUUACUGCCAUCUGAUUGAGGAAUUAGGUGGAAUAGUACUUGAAAAACAGUGUUUUGAUCCAAGUUGCACACACAUUGUUGUGGGACAUCCUCUUCGAAAUGAAAAAUUCUUGGCUUCGAUGGCAGCUGGAAAGUGGGUGCUUCAUCGUUCCUACCUGGAGGCAUGUAGAGGAGCUGGCUGCUUUGUUCAGGAAGAAGAUUAUGAGUGGGGAAGUGAUUCUAUACUUAAUGUUUUGCCUGGAAUCAAUGUAAACCAGAAGAAACUAGCGCUUGCAGCCAUGAGGUGGAGGAAAAAAAUUCAUAAAGGGAGGCAAGAAACUGGUAUCGUUGAGGGUGCUUUCAGUGGCUGGAAAGUGAUCCUGAAUGUUGAUCAAACCAAGGAAGCGGGAUUCAGACGCCUUCUUCAGUCGGGAGGAGCAAAAGUGUUUUCUGGUCAUUCUGUGUCUCUCUUUAAAGAAGCGACUCAUCUCUUUGCGGACUUCAGUAAGCUGAAGCCAGAUGACACCAGGGUUAGCGUGGCAGAGGCAGCAGCCCAAGGAGUGAACUGCCUGAAACCAGAGUACAUCGCUGACUACCUCAUCCAGGAUCCACCUCCCCCAAUGCAGUCUUACUGCCUGCCAGAAGCUGAAUCUUACCUUCAGAAUAACAUGGAACUUGGAACUGGAUUAUCCCAGAAAAGAAAAGCACUGGGAGAAACGAGCAGAGUCAAGCGAUCCAGAAUACAAUGAGCAAAUUCUGUGCUUCUAAUUUAUACCUUUUUAAAUUCAUAUUUAUAUUUCUUAAUUCUUGCCACAAAAAUUAAAAGCUUUGAGUUUCACUUCUAACGUGUCCUGAGAUUAAAAUAACUUUAACAGUCAUUGGAAAGAUUGCUUUGGUUACCAGUAGCAUCUAAAACUAUGGCAAGAACUCAUCCAAAAAAGACUUUGUCUUCAAAAUGUCCCACUAAUAAUUUUGUUUAGGGACACCAUUGCAUAUUAAUAGUUAAAAAAUACUUUGUGAAAUGCUUGUUACAUCUUUCAUCUGUGUGUUGGAGAAAGUACCAGUUGAUAAGAAUUCGAUUGCAUUUCCCACACAGUAAUGGAUUUCUUAGGUUUUACAUGAAUUUUUCCUAUUUUGCUGGUUUUUAUUGGAGGGGAAAAGGGAAACUAGACAAAAAAAUGGCUUGUAAAUUUUUGUACUGAUAGAGGGUGUAGUAAAUUAUUUCUAUAAAACAGAGGUGCUGUUGAGGUGCUGCCAUUCCGAGUGCUAACAAAUCUGUUCAGCAAACAGAAGCAACUCUGGCUGAGGUGAUGCUUGUCUGACCACGCUCCCUGCUUGAGUCUGCAACAAGAACCAGAGGCAGAACUAAGGUCUUGGUUUCCAGCAGCUGGAAAUGUUCCUAGUCAGAUAACCACAAUAUUUGACAAACUGCUUGACCUUUUAGUAAUUAACUGUGGGGUCUGGUUCUCUACUGAACUUCCUGUAUGUGACUUGUGCUGCGUUAGUCUGGGUAGAAGUGUUUGUGUGUGUGAAAUCUGAAGAGCUGUACUUAAGCAACUAGAAUUGCUGCAGCCUCUUCGAACAGAAAAGUACGACCUCCACUUGUGUAGUGGUCUGGGGAAAUAGAUGUAAUGUCUUUAAAGUCUAUUUAAUGUACUUCUUUAUUGGUUGAGGGGGUAUAUUCUACUUUUAUUUUCUAGUGGCUGAAUACUCUGUUGUAUAGAAAGGCUUUGCACCAUUAUCUUUGGUUGCAGAUGGAAGGUAGGAGGAGCUACAAGCAUCGCUGCCCUGAGGCACCUGAGGAGCACAAACCCCUUGCUGCUGGCAGACAGGGGACAGGCCCUGGGCUGUGGGAGUCCCCAGGUGAGAGGGGGAGGAGGAAGGCAGCUUGCAUUCACUUGCAAGGCAGUUCCCACUGGAGCCCAGUGGCUAUUUUGUCAGUGAGCUCGGCAAUACACUGUUGGGAUGACCCGGAGUUGUCAGGAUUGAAAGAUGCCACUGAGCCUGAGGGAUUUGAUUCUAACAAGUGAGAUCUGUGCCCCUAUCAGUGGGGGCUCAGGCUGUGACUCAGCACCUGUUUUGCUUUUCUUGAUCUUAACAGCUUAAUGCUUUUUACUAUUUCUGGAUGUCAAACAUCUCCAACUUUCCCCCAGUCCACAUACUGAAAAUAAUGCUGCUAAUGCCACGUCACAUUUUGAAUUACCGUUGUGUGUCACUGGCCAUUCUCUGUUCUACCUCUGCAAUGCUUUGCAUUGCAGGCAUUUUAAAGAGGUGUAUAUAGUAGUAGGUGAGACCUAAGGGUCCUGUGACUUUUAUUUUUUUCCUUCUUCCCCAUCCUCAGCUGAAGCUGCUAUUUCUCACUUUACAGAUAAGAAACCACUCCCUUGACCCACUUAGCUAAGCUUUAAAGAAGUCUUGGAGCCACAUAGUUCCUGCUGCUGUGAAUACUGGGGUCAGAUCAGAAGUGGGGAGCAGGUAAAACUAGACCCAUACCAACCCCCAGUGCAACCAGUAACGUAGGAGCUGAGCGUUACCUGUUCCUGGGCCCUUUGCUCUGCUCGCGCAGGCGUACGUGCACCGUGCAGUCCGCAGGGCCCUGGGUGGAGAUGGGCUGUAAGCCGGGGGAAGGAAGGCCCUGAGCCUCCGUGGGUAAGAACAGACACUGAGAGAGCACUGGAGGGAACAGGCAGAAAGUGGCUGUUACAGCCGGAGCCUAGAACAGCACACUGACACCCAGCAUGCUGCUGCCUGUCAUGGCAACUGAAGAAAGGGGUGAACACAACAACAGCGAGACAAACUUGGAGGUAUAAAUUCAGUUGGUGCUGUUAAGAUAAAUUUAUUUUCUUCACCUUUCUUCACAGGAAACAUCACAAAAGUGCUUUACAGAGUUUGAUACCAUUACUCUAACAUGGGACAAAAGGACAACAACAGGUGUGUGCACUGCACAGUUAGAAGUUGUCAUAUGCAGAAGCCAUGAUAGGUAAACCAGGGUAAAAAAAUCUACUGACAAAAAAAUAUAUAUAUAUAUAGUUCAGGUUUUGAACUUAAAUUAUGACUAUAAACAUAUAAUUAUAUAAAUAUACAGGCACCAUUAGGUUCCUGUGUUAACUGUGGGGGCCACACAGGGAUUCUCAGGAAUAGAUUGUAUUGUACUUGACUUUGAUGAAAGUUUCUGCUGUGCUCAGUGGGCUCCCAGCCAACCCUUUUCCCAGCCAGACAGUAUCAUUCGUUCCUUUGCACUACAACAAGCACUCAAAUGGCUUUAUCUUAACUUCUUCAUCUUAGUCUGGUGGUGAAACAUUCUGGUACAUUGUUGAAAUUCAGUUUCAUAUUUUUUUCACUUAACAGGGAUGUCCUCUUACUAUUCUUCACUCAGUCAUCUUUUCAUU